UUUGCUUCUCCGGGCAGAAACUGGAAUUUCCUUGUGGGUCAUAUUUCAGGGUGUUUGUGUUUAUACACCAGCUAUAAGUCAGCAGUCACAGUGCAGGGUGAGGACACAUCGUCUUUAGCCGCAGAAAACAAUACAGGAAAUCUGGAAAUGUUUAACGGUGCGUUCCUCUAAGACCUUCUUCGCUAUAAAGACAUUUGCCUGGCACAUAGAGCUUAUCUUGCUGCCAAGGCAGUGCCAGAAACGGGUGCAAUGCAAUGUUCCUAGGGUACAGCUGGGGUGGCUCCUGCAAGGGAAGUGGCAAAAUGCAAUUCUGUUGGUGGGUCUCUUCACACCCUGAGCAAAUCAUCCCUCUGAAUCAUGCAACCGUGUGUGCUGUGAAAUGUUGCUCAGCAAGAAAGAGUGAAAGGAAUUAGCUUCAAGGUUUUUUCUUUCCCAUCUCAGUAAAAAGAAUAAACAGGAUGGCUUUGAGAAAUAGAAAAAACUCUGAAGUAGAAGCUCAAAACCCAUUUUGCCCUGAAGGUGGAGUUUUCAAGCAUGGAUUCUUCAUCAAGUCACCACCUCUUCAUCUUAUCAACUCCAAGAAUUCCUGGAAAAGGCGUUAUUUCAUCCUGUCCAAAUCCAACAAGGGUGAUUACAUCCUGAAGUACCUAAAAGGAAUGUGCAUGAAAGGCUCCAUAGCUGUUGAUCAGAUCAUAAGUCUAGAAAUCGGCAUCAGAAAUUCUGAAAUAAUGGCAACUGUGAGGAAGAUGUUCAGAUGCUGUCCAGAAGAAGUGAUAUCAAUCACUACUGAAAACAGACGUUACUACCUCAUUGGGAAGAGCGGGAUGGAAAUAGAGGAUUGGGUCACGGCCAUAUCUUCCAUCAGGGAGGCCAAAAGAGGUGGAUGCUGCCCUCAGAACCAAGUUCUUGCAAAUUCAGAAGUCAAAAGCCGGUCCUUCUCUAUGCCGUUGUUCUCCAGUUCUAUAGAUACAACUGAUUCCCUGGGAAGGCAAAGCUACCUGAAGGUUGAUGGUCCCUCAGAAGAUAAGAACAGGCCAAAUUCAGAUCCUGGCCCUCAUCAGGCUCAGAGUGACUCACCACAGGGAGUUUUUCAAAGACUGGAUAAACAUCUGGGAAAGACUGAGGAAAAUCUGUCAUCAGAUUCAAACGAAGAUCUUGAAAAGGAUGAAGAACCUUAUUACCAAACUCCCAGCAGCCUUUUAGCACAGUGCAAUAGUGAAAUAUUGGAGACUGACCCUACAGCCGAGCCUGAUAUACCUGUACAAGAGGAGCCACAGCAAAGGCAGACAGUAAAGGAGAAUGCUUAUGUGUCAAUGAAGUCACUUAGGCUAACGUGCAGACAUGACAGGGUCCAUUCUCCUCCCAAAAGCCUGGAAAACAACACAAGUCCAAGCAACUUGGAAGCAGACACAGACAUAGAAAUCCCAGAAAGCACCACACAGCAGUCUUUCCUCAAAAGAAGGCAAAACUCAUCACCACUUUCAGUAGUUCAGUUGUCUAUACUGCUCAGUCAAGUUACAGAUAAGACACAACUGCAAGAGUUGGAUAUUUUGGUCCCCCUGGCAGAUAUUAACAGUUACCUAAAACUUACAGAAGCAGCAGGACAAAUAUGCGUCUCACAGUGGACUGGCCCUUGCCGACUGGGAUGCUUAUUUAACCAUGGAGACCAUAUAGUGGCUGUGAAUGGUCUACAGCCACAGAACAUGGAGGAGGCUUCCUUGUUCAUCAGCAGGUCCACACAAAAGGAGCCAUGAGCAAAGAAAGAGGUGAGGCAGCCUUAAAGCAACUUCCUGAGUUUCCAAUCAUUUCCAAGCAGAAAGGAACAAAGAGGAGCUCCAAACCAUUUGUGGUGGUGAGAAGAAAGAAGCCACCACCCUAGAACUUGCAUAUGAAGCAGACUUUGAGUGACACACAUAGCACCUCUCAGCCACGGGAGAACAUUACUGUUGGACAAGAAAGGUCUAGGAGCAGAGAUCCCAAGCACAGAAGGAUUCUAGAGUACUUCAGAAAAUGAGAUGAUUAUUUCUGUACUUCUAUAAGCAGUUACUGAAGUGUUACAUAAAUUGAUUAUUAUGUCAAUUUGCACAACGUUAAAUGCAAAUGAUGAAUGUUUACACAAUGUCUGAUUCACAACACUUGCUAGACAUAUAACGUGGAUGUUACAUCAGUACAGUAAAUUCUGGUAGGAUGUCUGAAGUUGUCUGUGCAUGUGCAAUUAAGAAAUGCUUUACCACUUUACAACACAUACUGCAUUCCCUAACUACCUCACUUUUCUUCCAAUACAGUCCCUCCUCACCCACCAAAGACAAUCUAUAACCUCCCAGUAGCUUCUAGAUAAGUCACCAAACAAAUCAUAAUAAAAACAAAACAAAACAAAACAAUCCUACCCUUCAAAAACAAGAACAAAUUUCUGUAACAUUUUUCCCCAGUGUGGAAAUGUUACCUUUCUUCGAAUGGCCAAAUUCUGCUAAAUCGCGUCUAGAAGCAAUAGCAAAGGGAAAUACCUUCAUGCAUUGCAUCACCCAGCACUCUUGUUUAAUUCCUGAAGAGACUCUUUAAGCUCAUGCCAGCUGGUGUGGAGCUGCUAAUCCUUUACAACCACCUGUAGCAUAUUAUAGGUUCUCUGUUAGCAGACACUUAGAAGCAGGUAUUGUUGUGACUCCUUGUUGCAGUAUGAUCUGUGCUGUUAAACAUGGCCUCAGCUUCUGGCCUGUGGAGGGUUCCUGACACAGGUGCUUAAAUAGUCAUGAGAUGAAAUUCAGUAAACCCACAGCAUAGCUCAUCUUUGUAAAGCACAGCCAGAAGGCUGCAAAUCCUGAAGACAUCUUGUACCAACUGGCAACGUAAAGUUACAGGCAUGGAAGAAGAGCUGCAAUACCUGCAAGCUUGAAUUGCUCUGUGCCUGAUUCCGUGAUCUGUGUUUAAUAAUUAAUGUGCUCCUCACCAGCUGUAUUUUAUUCCUGUGUCUUUAGGCUGGUUCCCUGCCUGUUAGUUCAUGGCGCAUUCCCAUGCUGUGCUCGUUUAUUACCUUUUGCUAAUUUCCUCCUUAAUUCCCAAAUAUGAAUCAUGCUCUUUCUACAUCUCUAGUACCUUCUCCAGUAGAAAAGUGGCAACCAUCCAGGAGAAAAGCAAGUCUUGGAUAGAAAUUAACAGGAAGAGAAGUGCCAAAACUGAUGUGGUGAAGUGAAAACAACAAAACACAAUGCCCAUUAUCUAGAAAGCACAAAACAGACCACAGACCAUUCAGCCCCUGCACCUCCUCUGGAGGACAGUGUGACUGAGAACCAGGGCUGGGGUCAUAUAUUAAUCAGUGAGCACAAGCACAGUAGCAGAAUGAGUCCAGCCAGGAAGGGGUUCUGUGCUACCCUGCCUGUGUCCAUCCCAACCUGAGAUACAGACAAGCUCUACUCAGUGCAGAGCCCAGCCACAGUGUGUAGGAAUGGUGUGAUUUUCAGUCCCCUUGACCUGGGGUACCCAGCUAGGCAUGUUUGGUGGGGCUGUGCUUUCAGCACGUAGAAGCAUAAAAAGAGAAAUUGCAAUAGAGGUCAGCAGUGUUACCCUGUACACCCCAGAAGAGUGGAUUAGUGGUGACCUGAGGACACCAGGCACCAGUCAGUGUUUUAUCCCCAAUUUUCUGGGUGACCUGUGCCUGCAGAAUCAUAGAACAGCUUAGAACCUUACAGAACAUCCAGCUCCAUCCUACCUGCAGUGGGCAAGGUUGUCACCCACCAUAUGAAACUGCCCAGGGCUCCAGCCAAUCUGACAUUGAGCACCUCCAGAGAGUGGGCCUCCAUCUCCAGGAACAGAGCACGUAGCCUCUUACAAUGACAGUGGUCUCCAGUAUCACAUCCAAUGCUGUCAACAGCUCUCGCUUCCAGGAUAUCUCCUGCAGACAUCUCCAUGAGACCAGCAUGAUGCAGAAUGGAGGAGAGGAAGGAUGUCAGAUCCCCGCACCAUGGGGAGGCUCUGGGGAGCCCAAUUGAUUCUAAUGGAGAAGACAACCCUAGUGCCCAACAGGAACAUGUGAGAGCACAGUCAUGGG